ACUCAGCUCUCUAGAUGACUGCCCGGCACACCGUCACCAAGGGUAAGGCGUCCAAGGAGACGCGCCGGAAGCUCGCAUCGUCGAAGUCAAACCAAAGCGUGCAGAAAAAGAAAUUAUGGGAAAGAAAAGACCUCAGCUCGAAAAAGGCGCACCCACCCUUCAAACAAGCCAAAGAAGACCGCGUCAAAGACCGGGGGCAAAAGAAACGCCAACGUCCAGAAACCGACCAAGAAGCCGAUUCAGAGCAUGAGCACCUUCAAUCGAGGAAAAGCGCCGGAUUGAGGCCGAUCAAAAUUUUCAAGCCCAAUGCCGAGCUAACGACGCGCGCACUGCGAAUAUGGAACGAGUUUGCACCAAGGACGGUCUCGCAAGAGAAGAGGUGGCAAUUGAUUGAUGAAUUACUCAAUCUAGUUGAGGGCAAGAUUCUUGAGAUCGUGUAUAAAGGAACUAUAUCUCGCGUUUUCCAGUCCUUGUUGAAGUAUGGUAGCCCCGCCCAUCGAGAGAGACUGUUUCAGGCUCUGAAAGAAAACGUGGUCGAAAUGGCUAAAAACCGAUACGCGCAUAAGCUAUUGAUGCGGAUGCUCAAGCGCGGAUCUCAAGAGCAGAAAAAUUUCUUAAUUGGGCAAUUUUAUGGUCAAGUCACUCUUUUGAUGCGCCAUCCGAAUGCGGCUGCAGUGAUAGAAUAUAUCUAUGAGAGCAUUGCAACGCCAAAGCAGCGUGCGGAUUUAGUCAUAGAGUUCUACGGGGGUGAAUUCGUACACUUCAAGGGGGAAAGUAAAUUGACGCUUGAAGGAAUUCUUCGCGACCACCCGGAAAAGAAGCCAACUAUUCUGGCACAUAUCCGUCAAUCAAUCAUGCCCAUCAUUAAUAAGACCGAUACCAGCGCGAUUUUGAAUCACUCUAUUCUUCAUCUGCCACUUCUGAAAUUGUUUGAACUUGACACCCCCGCGAACAAUGCCGUUCUCAUCGGCGCCAUGAAGGACGCUGUCAUCCGCCUAGUCCACUCCAAAGAUGGCGCACGCGUCGCCUGUCAUUGUAUAGCGUAUGGAACUGCAAAGGAUCGCAAGGCGAUCAUCAAAAGCAUGAGAGGAUACGUCAUGCGCAUCGCAAAAGAAGAAUUCGGACAUUUGGUCCUCCUUCGCAUCUUCAAUGCUGUAGACGAUACCACCCUCGUGUCUAAAUACAUCAUCUCAGAACUAAAACCAGGGUUGCUUGAAUUGGCUCAAGACCGCUUCGGUAGGCUCUCUUUGCUCUAUUUACUGUCUCCACUGAACCGACGCUACUUCUCCGAAUUUACACUGUCCCUCCUCCAGCCCGUUUACAUCCCUCUCCAAAAACCCACGGAUCAGCCGUCAGACGCUGUUGAUCGUGUAGCUACCAGCCUCAAGGACCCUGCUAUCCGACAGAUUCAACUCCUCAAUGCCAUCCUUCCCCAAUUCGUUCAAAUGGUCAAACGUCAAGCUCUUCGUCUCAUCACUCACACCUACGCGCGCGACAUCCUCGUCGAAACCAUUUACGCCGCGCCUUCUGUCCUGUCCUCAGAACGCAUGCUCGAUUUGUAUCAGUCUGUCACGCAGCUCCUCGGAGAGCCCGUCCAUUCCCAUCCAGAUGAAGAAGAAGAAGAUGAUACCACCAAACAUUUCCACACAUCCGACUUCCUCAGAGAAGCACCUCUCCCGCCAGAAGAUAUCAUGACCCACCAUCUCGCUCAUCGCACACUUCGUCGUCUCGUUGAAGACGACACCGCGUUCGCAGAAUGCACUUUCAAGAAGAUCAAAGACCGCAUUUUCCAUUAUGCGACUCUACCCUUCAGCUCCUGGGUCAUCUAUAGCCUGCUAAUAUCUGAAGCUACUCGAUCUGGCGUAGAAGAAAUACUAAAGCCACACAUCGAUGAGUUGAGUCAAACCUACGAACAAAAUCAAAAAAAUAAAGCUAUCUCGGCCAUUGUCUGCUUCUUAACGACUCGUCGUGCCAGCGAAUGCGCCUCGAACUAGAUCCGCAUUCAUCUAACUCCUUUUCCGCGACCUUCCUGCCCCUCCUGACUUUCCAGUUUAUAACGCGUUUAUUUUUUGUCAACAAGUCUACCUAUUCUGGCAUACUUCCUGUCAAAUAAUUCGAUCCAUUUGUCCAAUAUGUUAACUUCCUCCUCCGUUAGGUCAACUGGCGCCCAUUUCCCGAUAUACUCCUUCUCCUUCGACAUCUUUGCUAACGCACUGAUCCUAUUGUCAGUCCAAAAUUUUAACACCAUCCAUGCCACCUAUUUCUACAUACGUACUAUGCGCAUUCCUUUCCUGCGAACAUCUCAUAGGGACCACCCGGCCCAUAAAACUGGCUCCCUGGUGUAACGUCAUACACUCUACCCUUUUUUAAUCGUUAGUAUAUGUGCGCAGGUCCUAUCUCUAAAUAUCCACAUGUACUCCAGUUUCUCACCUUCACUGAUAUGUAAACUGGAAGUGACGGGCUGCUCCCAUCGAAUGAUGCGAGCUCGCUCUCUGUUAACGUUAUACCCCCGCUGCUGUCAUUCAACAUCUAAACGCCCUAUUCCUUUUUCCUGUUUUGAAUCCGUCACAACCUCUCUGUAAAAAAACACUGCCUCAACAAAUGAAAUGGCGACACUACUAGUGAUUGAAGUCAGGCACGCCUAUGUAACACGUUGUUAAUAAAUGACUUCAAAACUUCAAAAAA